UUAUUAUUUUGAAACGUCACUGUCAUGCAUCUUCAUGUAUAACUAAAUUUUUGUGCAAGCAACUACAGCUGAAUGGGUUUGAUCAGAAGUAAAUGACAUAAAAUGGAACUUCUGAAAUUAUGUCUACAGCUAAGGCAACUUCGGAAGUCCAAGUGCAAACAAUACUACAAGUUCGGCCAUUUAUAUUAGACUAUCCAGAAUUUGCUAAAAUCACAGCGAACAAAAAAAACGUAACUGAAAUAUCAAUAAGACCCAUUGAAGAUAUAAAGAAAUUUUACUCCCUGUUACAAUACACACCUUUUCAAGAUAUUAAGAAAGAUGCUAUUCGUGUGGUGGAAUUGCCAAGACUCACAAAACUAACCUUCGAAAAAAGAUCUCGAGCAUCUUUUAUACAUUUGGUGAGGAAUAUGGAUGAAGUACUGUUGAGUGAUGACGAUGCCAUCAGCGAACUAUGUGCAGAUAUAAUUAAGAAAAACGAUUUUCCAUUUUUGGACAUUCCCACCACUUCGAACAGUACGCAAACUAGUAUUUUGGCUCAAAAUACUGAUACUGAUACUCUGCCCGAAGAAGAAAUAUAUUCAGAAUAAUUUAUUUUUGUAACUACUAAAAUGGGGAAGACUAAUGAAUGUUUAAUUCAAUACCAUAAUAAAAUACAUUAACAGUUA